AUGAGGAACAUCUGGAGCCGCAGCCGCACAUCUGGUCCCGGGGCUGCCGCGUCUCCUCGCGGGCCGGCCCGGGCGCAGCCUCGAGUGGUCCUUAAGCGCUUGCGGGGGGGAAAGGGGGGCGCCCAGGGAACGCCCCAAAUCCCCUCAACCCUGGCCGAGCGCCCCUCCCGGGUCCUACCGAAACUCGGCGGGGUUCGCCGGGCCCAGUCGCCCCCCGCCCCGGACGGGGGCCCCCCGGAGGUCGGGGAAGAGAGGGGGAAGAAAUCCGAGAAACAAGCCGCUCGGGGAGAACCAGACAAACCGGGUUCGGGCUGGCUGGGCGGGCGCCGCCGCCAGGGCGGGGCUGGCCGGGCCGGGCCUGGGCCCCCGGGAAUUGGGGGGCAGUCCCGGCCCGACCUGGCCCGAACCGAACUGGACCAAGCCGAACCGGGCCGAAUUGGAGUGGACCGAACUGGACCGAACCGAACCGAAUUGGACCGGACAGAACCGAGCCGGACUGAAUUGGACCGGACAGAACCGAACUGGACUGAACCGGACCGGACCGAAUUGAACCGGACAGAACCGAACCGGACUGAAUUGGACCGAACCGAACUGGACCGAAUAGAACCGGACCGAAUAGAACCGGACCGAACAGAACCAAACCGGACUGAAUUGGACCGGACAGAACUGGACCGAACCGAACCGAACAGAACAGAACAGAACCGAACUGGACCGAACAGAACCGGACCGGACCGAAUUGGACCGGACAGAACCGAACCGGACAGAACUGGACCGAACCGAACCGGGUCCAAUUGGGCCGAACCGGACCGAACCGAGCCCUCAAAUUCCCCCGGGGAAGGGCGCGGCGUGCAAGGGUCGCCCCAGCUCGCCGCGCCGCGCCUCAACGCGCAAUUCGGGGUCCCCGGGCCCCGGGAGCCGCGCUUGGGGGCGGUCCCGCACGGCCCCGCAGCCCCCACCCGCGCCGGCUGCUCCACACAAACUUUCCGUCCCGCUCGCGCCGGCCCUCCUCCGCGCCCCGCGCCGCCCGCUCGGCUCCCCGCUCCGCUCCGCUCCGGCCCGGCUCGGCUCGGCUCAUUCCACGCAUUCCGGCCCGGCCCGGCCCCUCCUCUCCCCGCGACCCCCCUGCCCGGCUCCCUCGGGCCCGGCCCGGCCCGAGCGCCCCCCCUCGAGUUCCGACCAGCCUCCAGCCGCCCAGUGGGCUCAGGCCCAGAGCCCAGCGCAGCCAGCACAAUAGCGUCCAACAGCUGGAACAGCAGCGGCAGCCCCGGGGAGGCCCGGGAAGAUGGGUCCGAGGGCCUGGACAAGGGGCUGGACAACGACGCGGAGGGCGUGUGGAGCCCCGACAUCGAGCAGAGCUUCCAGGAGGCCCUGGCCAUCUACCCGCCCUGCGGACGCCGCAAGAUCAUCCUGUCGGACGAGGGCAAGAUGUACGGUCGGAAUGAGCUGAUUGCACGCUAUAUUAAACUGAGGACAGGGAAGACUCGGACGAGAAAACAGGUGUCCAGCCACAUACAGGUUCUAGCUCGGAAGAAGGUGCGGGAAUACCAGGUUGGCAUCAAGGCCAUGAACCUGGACCAGGUCUCCAAAGACAAGGCACUGCAGAGCAUGGCGUCCAUGUCCUCGGCCCAGAUUGUCUCAGCCAGCGUCCUGCAGAACAAGUUCCGCCCGCCCUCCCCUCUGCCCCAGGCCGUCUUCUCCUCUUCCUCAAGGUUCUGGAGCAGUCCUCCUCUCCUGGGACAGCAGCCUGGACCCUCUCAGGACAUCAAGCCCUUUGCACAGCCAGCCUACCCCAUCCAGCCGCCCCUGCCUCCCACGCUCAGCAGUUACGAACCCCUGGCCCCACUGCCCCCAGCUGCUGCCUCUGUGCCCGUGUGGCAGGACCGAACCAUCGCCUCGUCCCGCCUGCGGCUCCUUGAGUACUCGGCCUUCAUGGAGGUGCAGCGGGACCCCGACACGUACAGCAAACACCUCUUUGUGCAUAUCGGCCAAACGAACCCCGCCUUCUCAGACCCGCCCCUGGAGGCCGUGGACGUGCGCCAGAUCUACGACAAAUUCCCCGAGAAGAAGGGGGGGCUGAAAGAGCUCUAUGAGAAAGGCCCCCCCAAUGCCUUCUUCCUCGUCAAGUUCUGGGCUGACCUCAACAGCACUAUCCAGGAGGGUCCGGGCGCCUUCUACGGGGUCAGCUCGCAGUACAGCUCAGCCGACAGCAUGACCAUCAGCGUCUCCACCAAGGUGUGCUCUUUCGGCAAGCAGGUGGUGGAGAAGGUGGAGACUGAGUACGCCAGGCUGGAGAAUGGACGCUUCGUGUACCGCAUCCACCGCUCGCCCAUGUGCGAGUACAUGGUCAACUUCAUCCACAAGCUCAAGCACCUGCCGGAGAAGUACAUGAUGAACAGUGUGCUGGAGAACUUCACCAUCCUGCAGGUGGUCACGAGCCGGGAUUCCCAGGAGACCCUGCUCGUCAUUGCGUUCGUCUUUGAGGUCUCCACCAGUGAACAUGGGGCACAGCACCACGUCUACAAGCUUGUCAAGGACUAGGGUGCCCUCUGCCACUGCUGGGCCUGGGACGGGCAUCUUCUCCACAUCCCCUGCCUGGCCCCGCACCUCCGGGGCAUCCAGGAUUCUGGACUCAGCCUUGACCCAGGAGGCCUCCCCACACCCCCGCCACACACACUCCCUGCCACUGUUCUGCGCUUUACUUGUGGGCGGAGAAGGGGGGGUUCUGGAUCUUUUGCCACCCUGCUCUGCCCCACUGAUG